UAAGAUAGAGAGAAAAUCUAGAGAGAGAGAGAGAGGGCUGGCCCUGUAUUUCACUAAUUCCAUAUUCCUCUGAACACACUCAAAGGACACACAAAACAAAGCAAUGACGACAAAAGCAGCCUCUUGUAUUGUCGCCAACGCAGCCAUGGAAAAGUCCUUCAAAACGAGACCUUUAUUACUAUUUCACUCACUUUGCAACAAAACUUCACAUCACAUGAAACCCUUUGGAGUUCUUGACUCGCUUUGAUGGAGUAGGAGGUCGAGCCAACCAAUUGAGGAAACUUCCGCAGGAACUUUGCUGGGUUUUCUGUCAAUUUGAAAACCCAGUGAGGAAUUUCAAUUUCGUUUGAACUUGGUCGGUUAUUUUUCGGAGGAACUAGUAACUUUCUCAGAAUGGCGCAAGAGGACGGGUCCCCAGUAACUUCAUCACCCCUGCAGUUCUUUCCCUGGCUAUCUCCUGGAAUGGGAUCACCAUACCCAACAUGGCUCAGGGAGCUAAAAUCUGAAGAGAGAGGUUUAUAUCUGAUCCAGCUUCUUUAUUCCUGUGCUAACCAUGUCGCUUCUGGUAGCAUUGAGAAUGCAAAUAUUUGGCUUGACCAUAUUUCUCAGCUAGCCUCUCCUGAUGGCGAUACAAUGCAGCGAAUAGCUGCUUAUUUCAAUGAGGCACUUGCAGACCGGAUGCUUAAAGCUUGGCCUGGUCUGUAUAAAGCCCUUAACUCAACGAAAAUAACAUCAGUCUCAGAAGAAAUUCUCGUUAAAAGGCUCUUCUGUGAUCUAUGUCCUUUCUUGAAGGUUGCGUAUGUGGUUACAAAUCAGGCCAUAGUGGAAGCCAUGGAAGGAGAAAAGAUGGUUCAUAUUAUUGAUCUUCAUUCAUGUGAGCCUGCCCAAUGGAUUUAUCUGAUUCAGACAUUAAAUGCUCGACCUGAAGGCCCGCCUCAUUUGAGAAUUACGGGCAUUCACGAACAGAAAGAGGUAUUAGACCAAAUGUUCCAUCGCUUGACUGAAGAAGCGGGAAAUCUGAACAUCUCGUUUCAGUUCAAUCCUAUAGUUAGCAAGUUAGAGAACCUUGAUAUCGAAAGUUUGCGUGUCAAGACUGGAGAGGCUCUUGCAGUUUGCUCUGUAUUGCAGCUACAUUCUCUCUUGGCAGCUGAUGAUGAUCUUAGGAGAAAAUCACCAUUAGCAUCUAAGAACCUGCAGAAAGUCUUGCAUAUGAAUAAACUCACUUUAGGAGAGUGGCUGGAGAAAGAUCCAAUCAGUGCAUAUAACCUAAGUCCUGAUUCUGCAUUGUCCCCACUAUCAAGUGGUUCACCAAAGAUGGGGAGUUUUUUAACUUCUCUUUGGGGCCUUUCACCAAAGCUAAUGGUGAUCACCGAGCAAGAAUCAAACCACAAUGGCCAUACAUUAAUGGACAGGAUCAUGGAAGCAUUGAACUUUUAUGGAGCGCUUUUUGAUUGCUUGGAGUCUACAGUACCGAGAUCACCAAUGGAGCGACAAAAGGUUGAGAAGAUGCUUUUCGGGGAGGAAAUAAAAAACAUCAUAGCAUGUGAAGGAACCGAGAGAACAGAGAGGCAUGAGAAGCUUGAGAAGUGGAUUUUAAGGCUUGAGUUGGCUGGGUUUGGCAGGGUCCCUUUAAGCUACCACGGAAUGUUACAGGCUAGGAGGCAGUUGCAGGGCUAUGAAGGGUUUAAGAUUAAAGAAGAAAAUGGAUGUUUAGUUAUUUGUUGGCAUGACAGGCCUCUUUUUUCAAUAUCGGCCUGGAGGUUUAGGAGAUACGAGUGAUGAUCGUGGUCCAUGUGGGGAUUGAGUGCUUUCGUUUUUGUUUUUUUCUUUCUUAAUUUUCCUUUUCUUGUUUGUGUAAAGGAUUUUAUGCAUUUCUUCCUCUGCAACUGCAUAGUAUCUUCCUCAGAAGCUUGGGAGAAUUAUUCUCUGUUCUAAAACUUUAGUUAGUUGUUAAUUUGUAUCCUAUUUUAGUUUUCUUCCCACAUAAACGCUGAUGUUUCUGCCA